AUGCUUAUCGUGCAUUUUUCCAUCGACGGGCCCCAGCAUCUCUGCCGUUUGGUCGAUGUGCAAAAGACACAAUUUCCUCAGCGCGAUCGCCCAAUCCGGUUGAUUGUUGUAGACGUUGACGGAACCCUCACUACGAAUGACGGUAUAUUCUCGACGAAAAACAUAGAAGGGUUUAAACGCGCAAAAGAGCUAGGCAUUGAAGUUGCGUUCGCUACAGGGAAAGACCCAAAGGCUACCGAAGACGCCCUUGGCUACGACACGCUAGAGGCAAUUGGCUAUUUUGGUUUUCCCGGGGUGUUUGUUAAUGGCGCAUAUGUUGUGGACCGGCAAGGAGACAUUAUUGCAGACGGUCCGCUAACCAAAAUUCAAAAGGAUCGACUCCUUCGUUCUUUUAGCGCCCAUGGACUAGGUAACGUCUCUUUCGGGAAGACACCGCCAGGACCAGUUCUAGGCACACGAGAUGAUACUUACACUAGCCAGUACAGAGCAGUCGUGUCUGACGAGCCCAGAAAGCUUGACGAAGUUCUGCCGCAUCUGAAGGAAGAAUUCGGCGAAGAAAUUGGAUUCGCGAGGUGGGCCGCUCGUGCCUUCAGCGCUUAUCGGGCAGAAUUCAACAAGGGCACUGGCCUCCGCCAGCUUGCUAGUCGUUUGAACAUUGAUUGUGAGGAUAUCCUGGCUCUAGGGAACGCAGACAACGAUUUGUCGAUGUUUAAGGAGGCAGGCAUUGCAGUAUGUGUCGAGGAUGGUGAUGACAUCGCCAAAGAUGCAGCUGAUUAUAUCACCGUGAAAAGCAGUGAAGGCGCAUUGUUCGCUGUCGUACAGGAGAUCGAGAAACUUGGAUAUUACCCACGUGCCUUUCAACAGCCUGAAACGGCAGAGAGGCGCCUGCAUCGGAAGGCGGGCAAUACUGUGCAGAUGGAGAUACUCAAGGACCCAAAAGGCCAGCGACGCUUACUCGGUUACCGAUACAACUUGUUGAAAGAGAGACAGAUUAGGGAUAAUUUGACUCUUGCUUUCCUGAGCAGACACAUGGCUUUGUCUCAGUGGCUGCCACCGACCCAUUCUGCCAUAUACAAAGAACGGGAAACAGUGAAGCCUUCAGAUGAAGGAGCCAUAUUCGCCAUGUUAGAGACAAAAAAAUGCAAAGAAGCGCAAAAUGGCAUCUGCCAAGCAGGUGAAGUGCAAGGCGCCCUUGCAAAACUGCAACAGAUGAUGCAGAUGGAAAUGGUCACGUGA